AUGGCAGUAGACAAUUUGAGUGAGCCUAAUUGUUCCAGUCUGGAUAACAGCGUUCCUGAAUUUUCUGAGGAUAUAACAUGUGACUCCUCACAUCUCGGAAUGCAGGACUUCCAGCAUUGCUCUGUGCUGGGUGAAGAGCAAUUUGGGAAAGUAAGUUUAAGGUGGAAUUCCAGCUCUAAUAUACUCCAUUAAACACCCCAAAAAUAUCACCAGUGGAAAAUAGAAUAAAAAGGCACAGUUAUCCUUUUUACAUUCUAAAGAUUUAAGAGAGUAAAAAAUUACACCAAAUUGUCAAUAUUAAAUAAACACGAAAAAACUUUCUACAAAAAUACAAAAAAAAAGGGGCACAGAAUAGUACUGAUAACAAUAAACAGCUUUAGCAGGAUGCCAAGUUGACCAUUCUACAGUACGCAGAAGUUUGAUCAGGAAUGGUCUUUGCAGAAGGGUAGCAGCCAGGAAACCACUUUUUUGGAAGGGGGGCAGGGUGAAAAGGGUUGAAUAGGCAAAGAUUGGGAUAUAUACCCUUCCACAAAGACCAUUCCUGAUCAAGCUUCUUUCAACUGUAGAAUGGUCAACUUGGCAUAACAAUGAAGCUGCCAGAUGCUGAGCCAGGUCCUUGCUGGACUAUUUCCGGUCUCUGAAAGAAGAAACUCAGACACUUCUCAUCAGACUUUAAUUUUUUUCUUCACCUUCCAGUACUUUUAUUGUACAUGACCGCUCCCGAUUCUUGAAAUUUCUUGAAAGAAAAAAACUAGUGAAACUACUAAUUUUCUUAAAGAGAAAACUGCAACUCUUACAGGGCUCAGAAAACCUGACUUUAAUUGCGUAUGGCUUUCUUUUCUAGGAUUCCAGAGAUAGCUAUGGAUUAAACAGUGAUGGCAGCUCCAUUAUGGUAGUAGAUAGUUUGAGUGAGCCUAAUUGCUCCAGUCUGGAUAACAGCAUUCCUGAAUUUUCUGAGGACAUACCAUGCGACUACUUACAUCUCGGAAUGCAGGACUUCCAGCAUUGCUCUGUCCCGGGAGAAGGGCAAUUUGGCAAAGUAAGUUUUAAGUGGAAUCCAGCUCUAAUAUACUCCAUUAAACACCCCAAAAAUAUUACCAGUGGAAAAUAGGAUAAAAAGGCACAGUAAUCCUUUUUACAUUCUAAAGAUUUAAGAGAGUAAAAGAUCCCUCAAAAUCGUCAAUACUAAAUAAACACAAAAAAAAUUAACAAAAGUUUCAAAAAAGGACACAUAGAAUAGUACUGAUAACAAUAAACAGCUUUACCAGGAUGCCAAAUAUACCAUUCUAGAGUCCGAAGAAGUUUCAUCAGGAAUGGUCUUUGCGGAAGUGUAGCAGCCAAGAAACCAAGAGGAACAGGGUGAAAAGGCUAAGAAAUGCAAAGAUUAGGAUGUAUACCCUUGCACAAAGACCAUUCCAGAUCAAGGUUCUUCAGACUGUAGAAUGGUCAAGAAACCACUUUUUCGAAAGGGGAACCGGGUGAAAAGGCUAAGAAAUGCAAACAUUAGGAUGUAUACCCAUCCUCAAAGUCCAUUCCUGAUCAAGCUUCUUUCGACUGUAGUAUGGUCAACUUGGCAUCACGAUGAAGCUGUGAGAUGCUGAGCCAGGUCCUUGCUGGACUAUUUCGGGUCUCUCAAACAAGAAACUCAGACACGUCUCGUUAGAUUUUAAAAAUGUUUCUUGGCCUUCCAGUACUUUUAUUGUCUAUGACCUUUCCUGAUUCUUGAUAUUUCUUGAAAGAAAGAGACAUAUCUUUAGUUUGUGUGCUAGUGAAACUAGUAAUUUUCUUAAAGAGAAAACUGCAACUCUUACAGGUCUCAUAAAACCUGACUUUUAUUGCAUAUGGCUUUCUUUUCUAGGAUUCUAGAGAUAGCUAUGGAUUAAACAGCGAUGGCAGCUCCAUUAAGGCAGUAGACAGUUUGAGUGAGCCUAAUUGUUCCAGUCUGGAUAACAGCAUUCCUGAAUUAUCUGAGGACAUACCAUGUGACUACUUACAUCUCGGAAUGCAGGACUUCCAGCAUUGCUCAGUGCUGGGUGAAAGACAAUUUGGGAAAGUAAGUUUAAGGUGGAAUUCUAGCUCUAAUACACUCCAUUAAACAUCCCAAAAAUAUCACUACAGUCUUUCGACUGUAGAAUGGUCAACUUGGGAUCACGAUGAAGCUGCCAGAUGGUGAGCCUGGUCCUUGCUGGACUAUUUCCGGUCUCUCAAAGAAGAAACUCAGACUUCAAUUUUUUUUCUUCACCUUCCAGUACCUUUAUUGUCCCUGACUGCUCCCGAUUCUUGAAAUUUCAACUCUUACAGGUGCCAUAACACCUGACUUUUAUUGUGUAUGGCCUUCUUUUCUAGGAUUCCAGAGAUAGCUAUGGAUUUAACAGUGAUGGCAGCUCCAUUAUGGCAGUAGACAGUUUGAGUGAGCCUAAUUGUUCCAGUCUGGAUAACAGCAUUCCUGAAUUAUCUGAGGACAUACCAUGUGACUACUUACAUCUCGGAAUGCAGGACUUCCAGCAUUGCUCAGUGCUGGGUGAAAGACAAUUUGGGAAAGUAAGUUUAAGGUGGAAUUCUAGCUCUAAUACACUCCAUUAAACAUCCCAAAAAUAUCACUACAGUCUUUCGACUGUAGAAUGGUCAACUUGGGAUCACGAUGAAGCUGCCAGAUGGUGAGCCUGGUCCUUGCUGGACUAUUUCCGGUCUCUCAAAGAAGAAACUCAGACUUCAUUUUUUUUUCUUCACCUUCCAGUACCUUUAUUGUCCCUGACCGCUCCCGAUUCUUGAAAUUUCAACUCUUACAGGUGCCAUAACACCUGACUUUUAUUGUGUAUGGCCUUCUUUUCUAGGAUUCCAGAGAUAGCUAUGGAUUUAACAGUGAUGGCAGCUCCAUUAUGGCAGUAGACAGUUUGAGUGAGCCUAAUUGUUCCAGUCUGGAUAACAGCAUUUCUGAAUUUUCGGAGGACAUACCAUGUGACUACUUACAUCUCGGAAUGCAGGACUUCCAGCAUUGCUCUGUGCCGGGUGUAGGGCAAUUUGGGAAAGUAAGUUUAAAGUGGAAUCCAGCUCUAAUAUACUCCAUUAAACACCCCUAAAAUAUCACCAGUGGAGAAUAGAAUAAAAAGGCACAGUUAUCCUUUUUACAUUCUAAAUAUUUAAGAGAGUAAAAGAUCCCUCGUCAAUACUAAAUUAUUUAUAAAACCCGACUUUUAUUAUGUAUGGCUUUCUUUUCUAGGAUUCUGGAGAUAGCAAUAACGGCUCCAUUAUGACACCAGAUGACAUGAGUGAGCUUCAUUGUUCCAGUCUGGAUUAUAGUUUCCCUGAAAAUUCUGAGGACCUACCAUAUGACUUCUUACCUGCUGUGUGUAUUCCGGAUCGGCUUGCUCUCAGAAUACAGGACUUUCAGCUUUACUCUGUGCUGGGUAAAGGCCAUUUUGGGAAAGUAAGUCUAAGUGGAAUUCCAGUUCUAGUACGACAUAAAAGUUGUCGUAACACAUACAGUACAGCACAAUAUUUUAUUCUUUAAUUUCAGGUUCUGCUGGCUGAACAUAAGGAUACAACCAAGAUGUACGCUCUGAAGGUCAUAAGAAAAGGAAACAUAGAAUUACCACAUCAGCUCAGCAGGUCAGUGAAUGAAGAGUAAUUACUAUCUUUUGUUUGGGAGGACGACGUCCUGAUUCAGUCUUUAUUUUUAGUCAUUUGCAUUUGGUUUUGGAGAGUCGGAGAAAAAUUACUUUUAUUUUCCUUUCCAGACUUCUGAGUGAGAAAAGUAUAUUCCAAACAGUCAGCAUUAGGCGGCACCCAUUUUUGAUUAAUUUAUUUGGAUGUUUUCACACUCGAGAUCACGCCUAUUUUGCCAUGGAAUACGCAGCAGGGGGCGACCUAAUGUCAAACCUAGACAACAACCAAGGUCCAUUUACAGAACCUAGAGCCAUGUGAGUAUAAGCUACAUUUUGUCCAUAGAGCUAAAUCUCCAAUCCAAUGCUCUGCAGAUGAUGGCUUCAGCUGGGCUAAACUUUCUAUAAUGUCUUAACAGAUUAUUUAUUAAUCCUGCGAUAUCACACUGUAUUUAAAUACUGUGUGUAUUUAGUUUUAAAGAGUUACGUUUAAACCCUUAACACCGUUACGGCGUUCUAUGCCGCCCCCAUUAUAAUGGGCUUUAAAGCCGUUGCGGGGGCACAGAACGCCAUAACGGCUUUCUACCCCAGGAGCUCCACAUUACUUAACUUGAUCAGCUUCGGGAGGACUGCGUGACAGCCCAGGCUGCCCUCCCCUGGAAAAUCAGGCCCCCGGGGGCCAUGUGAUAGGUCUCAAAGAUAAGGCUUGCAUUUAAUUUUUUUCACAUUAACUGGUAGCCCAUGAAUGAGAAUUACCCCCAUGAUGGCAUACCAUUUGCAAAAGUAGGCAACCCAAGGUAUUGCAAGUGGGGUAUGUCCAGUCUUUUUUAGUAGCCAAAUAGUCACAAACACUGGCCAAAUAUUAGUUUUUUGCAUUUUUCAAACAAAAACAAAUAUGAACGCUAACUUUGGCCAGUCACCAUUGUAUCAGCUUAUAAAUAACAACCAACCAGCAGCGAGAAAGAAGGAAACAUGGAUAUUAAUAUACUAUUUUGGAGCACAGAGUGACUUAGGAUUUAUGGAAUAAUGUUAUUUAAUAGUACAAACUCUGCAUCUUCUAGAAAGCAACUGAUUUAUUUGUUCUUCCCAGGUUUUAUUCCGCAUGUGUUGUCCUUGGAUUGGAAUAUCUUCACGAACAAAAGAUCAUCCACAGGUAAGUUUAUAGAAAACAAAAAACAUGGAGUGUUGGUUAUAUUUGUGUUAUUUAUGGCACAUCGUCUGUUUAACUCAGGUUCUUUAUCUAGAUUAAGUUAUUCAAUGCAACCAUUUAAAAAGUCUAAACUGUGAAACCUAUACUAAGGGCCUCUAAUGUUAUGUAAUACAAAUAAAACACACAUUUUUACAUUUUAAUCUAGGGACUUGAAGGUUGAAAAUAUAGUGCUAGACGAAAAGGGAUUUGCAAAAAUUACAGACUAUGGCCUUUCUAAAGAAGGUAAAUAUCAUUUUCUAAUAUUUUAGAUUUAAAAAAAAUAAAGGUCAUAAAGGUCAUAAAGGUCAUACUUACCAAGUUCAAAGAAGCAGCCAUUUAACAUAUAAAAUGUGUGCUCUAUUCCAAAAUAGACAUAAAGUAACUCUAACAGUAAAAGUAAAUGUAUUCAAUUUUAAUUUAAAUUGUCCCUGUGCACUUUUAGAUUAUAUGGGCCUCCUUUUAAAAUAAAACCUUUUUACUCACCUCUCCACUAGUGCUAGGCUGUCUGUGUCAGAUACACAAAUGAACAUAUUACAAACAGCCGUAAACUCAUACAUAUCACAUACAUAUCACACACAGCCAGCACACACCACAUACAGAUCACACACAGCCAUAAACUCCUGCUGUAUAAAGGUUUAUGGAGAGAAUUCAAGCUCCAUAAUUCAGUACUGAAUAGGAUUAAACCCCGUCUUUGGCUCAGUUACAUCUUGGUCCAGGAACGCUUGCUUUAAAACUUAGAAACUCAGCAAAUUCAAUGAAAAGAUUAGAUUCGCUACAGAAGCACAUGCCACCAAUCAUCAGCCAUGAACUAAUGCCUUAGCAUUGUUCAAUAAAGAUUAAAGUGUCUGCGAAUUUCUGGAAGUACUUCUGUUUUUUUGUCAAAUUAAAUUUGAGUAUUCUCCUGACAGCCAAAGCUCAGCCCCAAUUCUGCCUCUGCGAUAAUGUCAAUUUUCACUUUUGCAUUAUUGGUAUAAAUCCAAAUUCAAGAAAAAAAUAAGAGGGAUGGAACAGCGCUAUCCAAACUGAUCACAACGGGGAGGGGGCGGCUGCACACCUGAAAGGAAGGGUAACCCUCAAAACUCUUCAAAGGACUGGAAAAACAGGAAACAACAAUUACAGGGUGCGCCAAGAACAAAGUAAAUAAAUAAAAUGGAUAAUAGGAAAAAAAAAAUACCAGGAAAACAGGCAAAAUAAAGUCUCUAAUUCACAGGUAUAUUCUUCUUAAAUUCUCAGGACGUCUUGGGUCAAGUUCUCAUCAGCAUAUAUAUAAUAUUUAUAACCCCCUCAGCCCUCAGGGGUUGGGUGUAUUCUGCUGGUGGUGCACAAGUCCGCUGACCUGUCUUUCCAACUCAAAUGUAAAUUUGCCCAGUCAACUAUGUAACAUUGUUUUUAUUGUUUUUAGUUUUUCUACUUCCUGUUUAUAUGUCCUUUGACCUUUGAAACAUGCCAUGAGACCUCAUUUAGGGUCAAAGGUCAAAUAAGACACCAUUUUCAAUUUGAUGAUUGUUUGGACCUUAUAUAAACCCACAUGUGCCAGGUUAACAUUAUGUACACUUGACGAAGCCUUUUGUGGCGAAAUGCGUUGUGUUUUACUCUAGAUAAAAGUAUUUUUUCUGACUAUUUUAAAUACUUUUAUAUUUAUCCUUAUUUUUUUACCUGGCAUAUCCUAAAUAUCUGAAGCUUUUAUACCAUCCAAAGAAUCCAUGGUGGGGAUCGUACCACCCAGUCGCUUUACACAGAGCGGUUUGUCUGCUCUGUAAAUUGUAAGUACAUCUCUUAUUUUAUCCAGCACUUUUUAAAUAUAGAGAGCACUAUGGGCCUUCUCCUGUGUUUUUAUUUCAUAUAACCUGCACUGAAAAUCUUGUGAGAGGAAUAUCCUACAUGUGGGGAGUUUAAAUACCACUGUAUGCUGUUUUACUCGAGCUGGUUAUAGCUCCCACAAAUGUGAGUUGGCAUUUCUUAAUCUCACUGUUGUCUGUAGCCAUACUCCUUUACGUUACUGCACCAUUGGUCCCCUCUGUAUGUUUUUUUUUUCUCUUUCAUAUAUGCUGAUGAGAACUUGACCCAAGACGUCCUGAGAAUUUAAGAAGAAUAUACCUGUGAAUUAGAGACUUUAGUUUGCCUGUUUCCCUGGUAUUUUUUUUUUCUAUUAUCCAUUUUAUUUAUUUACUUUGUUCUUGGCGCACCCUGUAAUUGUUGUUUCCUAUAAAUCCAAAUUCGCGUGAAAAUGAUAUUUGAAGUUACGGCAGCCAUUUAACUGAAAGUCAUACCCAAAAUGUAAAUAUCUAUAACUAAACAUCUAUCUUCAACUUAUAUACAAUUAUAUUUUCUCUAUUUCUGAGGAAUUGGAUUUGGAGAUAGAACCAACAGCAUCUGUGGAACACCUGCAUAUAUGGCUCCAGAAAUCGUCAUGCACAACACAUAUACAAGAUCUGUGGAUUGGUGGAGCCUUGGAGUAGUGAUUUAUGUAAUGCUAACUGGAAAUGUAAGAACAAUCUGAAGUAUUUAUUGACAGAUUUCUGCUUUGAAAAUUUUAAGAGAUUUUGUCAUGUAUUGGUUUUUAACAUAACACCAUUCUUCAUAAACAUGCUAUAUUAUUCUGUUUUGUUUUAUCACUUCGACUCAUGGCCAUUCUUUCUGAUUAUCUAAUUUAUGUAGAAAUUAUUUAAUCAGUGGCAGAACUAAUAUACAUAGAGCCCCGGUUAUAGAUUUUUUUGGCUUCCCCCCUUGCAUUAUGACCUCAGCUCUGGGGAACUCUCCUCCCUCUUCCGACGUCAGCGCUGAAUGCGCAUGCGCGGCAAGAGCCACGCGCGCAUUCAAUCAGUCCAUAGGAAAGCAUUUCUCAAUGCUUUCCUAUGGACGUCCCGCGUCUACUCUAGCGGCUGUCAAUGAGACAGCCACUUGAGGCUGGAUUAACCCUAGUGUAAACAUAGCAGUUUCUCUGAAACUGCUAUGUUUACAACAGGCAGAGUUAACCCUAGAUGGACCUGGCACCCAGACCAUUUCAUGGAGUUGAAGUGGUCUGGGUGCCUAUAGUGGUCCUUGAACCUGUUUUACUUUAUCCUUUAUGUUCCUGUUUAGUUUUAUCUAAUUGUAUCCCUGUUACCUGUUACCUUAAACCUUCACUUCUGUUCCUUUUAUUAACUCUAACCUAUAAAUUCUCUUAGGUUUUCCCGUUACUAUAUAAUCCUGCUUGGGGCUUAUUGCUUAAUAUUCUUACCUGUAACUCCGUUUAUAGGUUCUACCUUCUCAGUUUUUCUAUAUUAAUUAUUCCAUUCUCCCUCUUGCCUUUCUACUCUUAUUUCUUGUCAAACCAUGUCUAAUAAAUAAAGUUCCUGAAGUGAACCCCGGCAUAAGUCUCCUCUCUGACCUGCUCAGAAUCAUGACAGUCCCUCUCCCUGGUUUGCCUGAUAUUGUCUAUAAUAACAGUGUUCAGUUCUCUUGUACAUGUCGUACUUUAUACACUCUCACAACACACCUUUAAUGCAUUCUGAUAUGCAUAUUGUGUCAUCUGUAUUACUAGCGUUACAAAAGCCCUAAACUAAUUAGUAUUGCUCAGCAGUACACUUCUGCAUUUUACAACGUAUACGAACUUAAACUGAGUUUUGCUUUUUUAAUGUGUUUUUUUUCUUUAGUUCCCCUUCGAAAGCCAUGA